CAAACGCCUUCAUAAAAUUAAAAAUAAACAAACAUUUUGAUCAGUUUGAGGUGGAAGUUUUGUUCUCGUAGCCUGAAAAGAUUUUUGUGGUUGAAGUGAAAAGGUUUAAGAGUUAAAUGCGGUUCUGCAAACUGGGUGUGGAAAUUAAAAUGCUGCUUUGGAAUUGUAAAAAUGGGCAACUGUUUACGUUUUUGCCAGAAACGUAAUAUUUCGCCAAGUAAACGCAAAAAGAAGAUAGUUCUGCUGCUCGUGGGCUUGGAUAAUGCAGGGAAAACUACUGCUGCUAAAAGUUUGAUCGGAGAGCCGACGGAUGCUACAAUCCCAACUGUUGGGUUCUCGUCUGUGUCAUUGACCCACCGAGGCUACAGCGUCGUCUUGUACGACCUCGGGGGCGGAGCGCAGAUCAGGGACAUCUGGCACCGCUACUUCAUGGACGUCCACGGUGUGAUAUUCGUGGUGGACGCGAGCGAUGCUUCCCGGCUCGACGAAGGCCGCAAAGUCCUGGAAACUAUUCUGGCCCAUGACCACCUGGCGGGGAAGCCAGUGCUCCUGUUAGCCAACAAGCAGGACCGCGAAGGCGCCCUCGACGAGCUGGACAUCGUGGAAAGGCUGAACGUGGAGACGGUGGUGAACCAGCACCGCUGCCCCACGAUGGUGGAGACCUGCUCCGCGCUGCAGAAGGGGAGGAGGCGACGGAGAGUCGACCGCGGCAUCCACAACGGUUACAGGUGGCUGCUGAACCUGGUGGUGCGGGACUACGGCGCGCUGAAUGAGCGCGUGGAGAGGGACCAGGCGGGGCAGCGCCAGCUCCUCGAGGCGGAGCGGCACGCACGGCAGGAGCGCGCACGGCUGUCCCGCGCGGCGAGGGGGGAGGCCAACGGCACGGCCGUGCUGGACGAAGAGACGGCCGCCAUCACGGGCGACCCGUUCAGGCCCAUCGCGGAAGUCGUGCGCGGCGGGAGUGGAGACGCCCCGUGUCUAGCGGCAGGCGUCCCCAGUGCGCGGAGGACCCCGCCCGCCCAGGAGACGGCCUCUGUGCCGGGCACCGUGGACUCUGGCAGCGCCAGCCCCGGCAGCCCGCCGGUCAACUACGUGGAGAUAGACAACCGAGACGACCGCCCGCGCCCAAGUUCUGCCGCCAGCAUCACCGAGGCCGUCAGGGAGCAACUAGAGCUGGACCUGGCCAAGCCGAGGCGGAGGCAGCUGCUGCGGCGGGGGAACAGGACGGCGCCCGCCCCCGUCGGGGAGGCCCAGGCGCUGAGCCCCGGUCCCAGGGCGCCCCUGCCGCCCCUGCAGGCCCGCAGGGGUCCGCCCAGUGCCAAGGACCCAGUGUGGGGCUUGACGAAGUCCCUGGAAGUCGUCCCCUCGCAGCCAGCAGCCGCCGACAAGACCAGCAACGGCGCGGCGUCGGGCACAGACGCCUAGCUACGGCAGCAUGAAGGGGCUCUCUCCCGGGACUGAUUUGUCUGUCAGAGUAGUCUGCAUUGAGGACCCCGUUGUUCCCAGAAUGGCAAUUUCACUUCUGUCAAGUUCGGUGUUUUUUUUGAAGUUUUCACCUUCCAUAUCCACUUCAUGUCUAACUGUGAGCAUUAUAAGAUAUUGUACCAACUUCUUUCUUCAAGGUAGUAUUGUUAUCACUUAAAGAUCACUGCAUAAAUGAGGACCGUACAUUUAGUAUUAAAUUAUAAUUCAUUAAAUAUGCAAGUGGGCAAGAAAGUCAAAAUGUGAUUUUGGAAACAGCAUACAGUUGUAUCAAUCGACCAAUGAUUUUUAUUAAUGUGUGUGGUAGUUGGUAGUGCUACAAACUAUUACAAAUUUUUAUAUAAGUGGGUACAUAUUAUUAUUCAGCCAGAAUUCUAGAUAACUAGAAAAAGAGUUCAAUCAGUAAACAAUUUGUACACCUUCAGUAACAUGUAUUCUGUUAUAAAUGCUGCAAUUUGAUAAUUUUAGUUAUGAAACAACUGAUCUAAAGUUGGUGUGCUAACAUAGUUUUAAGCAUGAAGGUUUUGAUUAUUGUGCAAUUUUUAUUUUACGUUCUUAAUUUUUGUAUAUUAUGUACUCGCACAUAUUUGCACUAUGUUUGUGUGUGUUUGUAGUCUAUCCCACAAAGGAGUAUUAUCCCAAUACUUAAAAAUUAAACCAGUUUUGUUCUCAAUUGAGGUCACUACUUGUUGAGGUUCAGUAUUCAGCAUUGCUACAUUUCUUUUAGUUGACAUUUCCGAGGGCAGAUUUAUUGAAUUUGAUAACAUGGUUCAGGAAACGUAAACACACUAACACACGCGAGAUGCCCAGUAGUACCAAUCUUGAAAGAAUUCAUUCAAUAAAACGUGUUGAUUAUUUAUGAGUCUGUAUUACAAAAUUCAUUUACUUUCUAAACAUAACCCCGUCUGAUAUAGGUGUGUGAACAUCGGGGCAAUGUAACAGUUUACAAGAUGGCUACAAAGCAAAGCCUGCAAGUUGAGCAGCCAUUUUACAUAGUGCAAAAAAACACUAGCUGAAUGUAGAUUUACUCAAUAACAGUUGUUCCUCAGUAACAGACUCACUGCCAUGUACUAGUUCAUUAUCUGUUUCGCAGUGCCAUCAUUCGUUAAAGUUGGCAGGGCUGGGAGUGACAGUAACUUGUGCAAUAGUGUGGAUGGAUCAUAGCUGAUUUUGUCUCAGGAAUGUUGCUAUGAACUUUUCUCUCUUAUGGGAUACUCUUAUGUGGAAAUUAGUAAAUUUAGUAAUUUUUUUACUCAUAAUUAAAAAAAAAAGCCUGUUAAAUGUAUUUAUUUAUAUAUUUAUUUAUUUGCAAUGUCAUUAUUCUAGUCACUAGAUUUAAUUCUGUGUAAUGUCAGCCGUUUAAUGUGUGAUGACAAUUUUUUGUUUAAAAUAAAUUGGGUUAUGAUGA